AUGGCGAGAGAAAAGAGCAACGGAUUGUACCUGAGUGUUCCCAGCUUCUUCAAGUGCCCGAUUUCCAUGGACGUCAUGAAAUCUCCGGUCAGUCUAUGUACCGGCGUCACCUAUGACCGGGCCAGCAUCCAGAAAUGGCUCGAUUCCGGCCACAAUACUUGUCCCGCCACCAUGCAAGUCCUUCAAUCUACCGAUGUCGUUCCUAACCUCACACUCCGCCGUCUCAUUCGUGUAUGGUCUGAUUCCUAUCUCCUCAGCCCUGCAUCAAACGCCUCAUUCAACAACCAUCUUGCCUUUGAUUCCUUAAAGAAAUUGAUUAACAACGAACAGACGCAACCGCAACUCCUUUCGUUAGGUACGCUAUCGAGUAUUGUUAGUUUUGCGAAAUUGUCGAUUGAAAACAGAGAAUCAUUGGCGAAAUUGGACGGAUUCGUUCCGACGCUAGCGAGGAAUUUAAGAAUUAGUAAUGAGAUUGAAGUUGCUGAAUUGCUGGUCACUGCUUUGGAUCUGAUUCUCCCUGAGAAAGGAGUUAAAGAGCAAUUAAUCAACUUGAAUUCAGACGAUGCCUCAUUGUCGCCGUUCACUUUCGUUCUUCAGAAAGGCGGUUUGGAUGCUAGAAUCAGCGCAGCUAGGGUUAUGAAAUCACUCGCGGCGUUUGACAACGAAUCUCGCCGAGUAAUCGCCGAUCAAAUCACCUUAUUAAAAGAGCUAUACCGCCUAACAAGUUCCGAAACCGACCUAAAGGCGGUGGAGGCAGGAUUCGCAGCUCUGAUCGCCGUUUCCACAUCUCGCCAAUCGAAAAAGGAACUCGUCCGUCUCGGGAUCGUGAGAACCGCCGGUAAAAUCCUCUCCGGUCCGGAAAACACAGUUCCGGUGAUUGAAAAAGUGAUGAAGAUACUAGAGAUGGUGUCGACAUGCACCGAAGGACGGACGGCGAUUUCUGAAGACGAGAACUGUGUAACGGCGGUCGUACACCGGCUGAUGAAAGUAUCACCGGCGGCGACGGAUCACGGAAUCGGAGUGAUCUGGAGCUUGUGUUACAUGUCAAGAGAUGGAAUGGCUCAGGAAUCUGCAAUGAGAAACAAUGGAUUGACAAAGGUGUUGCUCGUGAUGCAGAGUAAUUGCUCCGGCACAGUGAGGCAAAUGUGCGGCGACUUGGUCAAGGUUUUCCGAGUUAACUCAAAGUCAUGUUUGGCGAGCUACGAAACGCGGACUACUCACAUCACGCCGUAUUGA